AUGGCUAUAGUUGCAAUCGUCCUUUUUUCUGAUUCGCAUGAUGACCCGGGCCUGCCGGCGUCUGCAAGGCUGGCCGAGGCGCUCAUUCUGCUCAUCAUCUGCGUGAGCGUGGUGGCCGCCAACGUGCUGGUCAUUGCCACGCUGUUGUACACGACGCGUGAGGUGCUUGACUACUACCUCAUCUCCCUAGCCGUAGCCGACCUGCUGUGCGGGGUACUCAUCGUGCCGCUGUCCGUGUACCCGGCCAUCGCGCAGGACUGGGUCUACGGGGACUUCGUGUGCCGGCUGAGCGGCUAUGUGGCCGUGACAUUGUGGAGCGUGAGCGUGUACAGUUUCAUGUGGCUCUCGGUGGACCGGUACCUCGCCAUCCGCAAGCCGCUGCGCUACGACACCAUCCAGACGCGCACCCGCUGCCAGUGCUGGAUGCUCUUCACCUGGAUGACCUCCAUGUUCAUGUACUGCCCGCCCCUGUUCGGCUUCUCCAACGGCCACUUCUACCGGGACGCUUACGUGUGCAUGCUCGACUUGUCCAGCAUUCUGCCGUACACGCUCACGCUCGCGCUGCUGGUGCUGGUGCCGAGCGUGCUUACGGUGAUUUACACUUACUUCUUCAUCUUCACCACGAUGCGCAAGAUGCGCAAGUGCCUCAGCAAGGAGGAGAAGGAGUACGCGACCGCCAUCGGCGAGCAUCUGUCCAAUCCGGACCACAUCAUGUCCUUCGUCAUCAUCGUUCUUUUUUGGCUUUCCUGGCUGCCCUGGAUCUGCCUGCAGAUCUACGAGAAGGCCGAGGGGCAACGGCUACGCUUUCAUGCACUGCACUUCGGCCUGCUGUGGCUCGGGGUGCUUGACUGCCUGUGGAAGCCGCUCGUCUACAUCACCAUGAGUCCCAAGUUUAGGCUCGGUGUUCAACUUCUCUUCAUGUCGAUCUGCUGCAGACACAAGUCACGCCAGCAUCUCAUCGUCUAGUGUUACCUAGAUGAACGGCACCGCAGCGGAUUAUCUUCUGCCGGUGGAACACGUCACUUCACUAAUGCGGAACAGUGUCAGAGACCCCGGGUAUAAUAUUCCAAAAAGAACCUUUCAAUGUUGUGCGCUGACUUUAUCAUCUUUUGGCAACUGUUCCGUCUUGUUCGUGCAUGAGACUAAGGAAAUGCCAUCGAAA